UCCUAGCAUGACAUCUUAUCCAUUUCCGUACAUGCGCACUUUAGCGUAGACCGCACGUUGGCAAACAAGCAUGGCGGACGACUCGAAGAAAAGUGUUGAGAUAAAAACAGAUGACGCAAAGGAUGAAGAUUCGAGUAAUGAUGAUAACAGUAACGUUAAUAUCGCUGAAAAUGAUGAACAAUUGAAGACCUUCAAGGAUCUGGGUGUAACUGAAGUGCUGUGUGAAGCUUGUGAACAGUUGGGAUGGAAGACUCCUACAAAGAUCCAGAUAGAGGCCAUACCUGUAGCCUUACAAGGAAAGGAUGUAAUUGGCUUGGCAGAGACCGGCUCAGGGAAGACCGGUGCGUUUGCUCUGCCCAUCCUGCAGUCACUCCUCGCUUCCGCUCAGAGGCUGCAUACACUCAUACUCACCCCCACCAGAGAGCUGGCUUUCCAGAUAGCAGAACAGUUUGAGGCCCUGGGCUCCAGCAUCGGAGUCAAGACCGCUGUUAUCGUUGGAGGAAUUGACAUGAUGUCCCAAUCCCUGGUCCUGGCCAAGAAACCUCACAUUGUCAUUGCCACCCCCGGGCGGUUGAUAGACCACUUAGAGAACACCAAAGGCUUCUCGCUGCGAGCGCUGAAGUUCCUGGUGAUGGAUGAGGCAGACCGGAUCCUCAACAUGGACUUUGAGACCGAGGUGGACAAGAUCCUAAAGGUUAUUCCCAGAGACAGACGCACGUUUCUCUUUUCUGCCACCAUGACCAAAAAGGUCGCCAAGCUGCAGAGAGCAGCUCUGAAGGAUCCAGUUAAAUGUGCCGUUAACACCAAAUACUCAACAGUAGAAAAACUUCAGCAGUACUAUGUCUUCAUACCCUCCAAAUACAAGGAUUGUUACCUGGUGUCCAUCAUCAACGAGCUGGCUGGGAACUCCUUCAUGAUCUUCUGCAGUACGUGUAACAAUGCCCAGCGUGUGGCACUGCUGCUUAGGAACUUGGGCAUCACUGCCAUCCCCCUGCAUGGGCAGAUGAGUCAGAACAAACGUCUGGGGUCGCUGAACAAGUUCAAGUCUAAGUCUCGCUCUGUGUUGCUGGCGACGGACGUGGCAUCAAGAGGACUGGACAUUCCACAUGUAGACUGUGUUAUUAACUACGACAUCCCAACCCACUCAAAGGACUACAUCCACAGAGUGGGGCGAACCGCCAGAGCAGGACGGUCUGGAAAAUCCAUCACAUUUGUCACACAGUAUGAUGUGGAGCUGUUCCAGCGAAUCGAAACUCUGAUUGGCAAGAAGCUGCCUGCCUUCCCCACGCAGGAGGAGGAAGUGAUGAUGCUGGUGGAGAGAGUGAGCGAGGCACAGCGAUUCGCCAGAAUUGAAAUGAAGGAACAAGGAGAAAAGAGGAAGAGGCCCAGAGGAGAAGAGGGGGAUGACACAGAGCAGUCCAGCGGUGUGAGGAAGAAAGUAAGAGGCGGCGCUGGUGGUGGCGGAGGGGGGGGGAGAGGGGGAGGAGGAGGGAAAAACCGUGGCGGAGCAGCAUGGAGAGGCGGACGUUAAAGGUGCCAGUAGAAUAACACAAUACUGUACAUAUUGUCAGAUAGUAUGACAUUUUCUCCUUGAUAUAAAACAUCUAUGAUUAUUAACAGAUGCCUCUUUCUUUACAACCACCACAUCACGAGACAGGCCAUUUAAUUACCAAUGACUUGUUCAAUUUACUAAUCAAUCUUUCCAUUUGUAAUAAAAUGUUUAUGUAAAAUCAAGACCAUUUUCAGUGAGUUGUGUUCACAUUCACAAUUUGAUAAUAAAGCUUGUUCAACAUGAA